CUAGAUUAAUCUUUACAGCUUGAUUUAGUGAAGAAGCAAAAUUGCUUCUAAAAUUGUUGAAAAUUUAUCUAACUCAAAAAUAAAUUUAAAAAAAAAAAGCGAAAAAAUAGUGGUUUUUUUUAUCCCGUGGGAUAAUUUUAAUUCCAAAUAGUUUCACCACAUGCAUAUUUUUUAAUUUAAAUACAUUUUUCUUCAUCCCAAGUGUGACCAAAUUAGAGAAAUCAGUGUGUGAGAAGAGAGAACAAAAACAACUGGCCUGGCCCACAUCGACUCUAGUCUUGGACUUCUGUGGCUGUGAUGGCUGCUGUUUUUAUACUGCAAAAUAAAAAGAACCAUUUGCUAGCUACUCCAUUAUGCAAAAGAUCCUCCUCCUAAUUCUGCUCCUCAACUCCAACAAGAUUUUCUUCUAGUCUUAAUUCUUAUGGCGGGUCUGCAGUACAAAUUCUUCCCAACAGAUUUCUUAUUUCCCCGUCAAAAGACAAGUGAUCUUCCGCAUCAUCAACCACAGGUUCUUAUGGCAAGGACCAAUGAUCACGAUGAUGAUCAAACGGCUGCUGCGGAGGAUGUUAACGUUCAUUCUACUACUAACAAACAAGCUACAAAGGUGACCAGAAUGAAGAACGCCGGUAACACCAAGAAGACGGCCGCCCUCAAAGCCGUUAAUCCUUCCUCUUCCUCCUCCUCAUCAUCAUCUAAAUUCUAAAGAGCCGCUCUCAAAUCCCAUCAUCAUUCAUUGAUGAUCAGCAACAUGUCAAGAUUAUUAGCUCAUAUUGAAGAGGGUUUUUUUUUUUUUUUUGGGUUAUGAUCAGCUACACGACAAUCCUUCCUGUAACAUUUAUGUGGAUUGAUAAUAUAUUGUUGCUAAUCAUGAAUAAUUGUUAUGUAUGUAUAAAUAAUACAUGAGAGUUGCUGAUCUUGAGUUGGUGUUCUUGAUCUCUUUACGAAUUUUGCAAGUUAUGUGUUUUUUUUUUUUUUUCAAGUUAUGUUGAAUUUUCGCAUCAUCACCAACUGAAAAAAAG